AUGCACAAACCUGUUGCAGUCGGCCGUCAUGGUUUGCACGCGAGAUAUCUUAGGCGUGUGUUGUGUGGUCAGGGCGUGUCGUGCUGCCGGCAGCUGAGCUCCGUGCUGGCUUGGCUGUGGGGCGAGCUGGCGUGCGGCGCGGCCAGCGCUGGCGCGCGCGCCCCGCUCGCCCCGCGCACCUCGCACAUACACACGCUCUUCUCGCACAGAAUCUGGGCCAAACAAACAUUGAAUCAAGCGCCGAAAACUAAUUCCACCGCAGCCUCGGCGAGGGGCUGCACCGCUGCGAGGACGAAGCACAACGGCGUCGCCAAACUGGAUUCCGACAGCAAGGGCCCGCGACACUCCCUCGCGCAGUCCGAGCCCUCCACCGAGUCCGCGGACUCGGACGACGACCUGCACAUCCUGAACAAGUCCGUGUCCAUCAAAGUACAGUAUAUGAAGCACCACGCGUGUGUGAAAGGUGAAAGUGAGAUUGUUGAAAAGUUGUGCUCCUAA